AUUACUAUAAUCCACUCUUUUAUUUCAGAGAAUGAAUAUGAAUAAAAAAGGGCUGUAAAUUGGGGCCCAUAAACGUGGGCAACACUUGUGCCUACUGUGCACUGUACACCUCGUCGCAUACGAUCCGCUCUCCAAAUCUAACCCCAACAAAACUGAACCAUCAUCUGCCGGAGUUUGACCAAUCAAUCUCUUCUCCGAUUCCCCAAAAUGACCUCCGCCGCCGCGGCGACCUACACCACAAUCCCGAUCUCCGCCAUCGACGUCAUUUUCCGAUCCACGCAGAACCUCUCCGCCUCCCUCUCCCGCUGCCGCCCCUGGUCGGAGUUCCUCGCCACCGUCUCCGCCCUCGACCUCCCCCCCUCCCUCUCCGCCGCCUCCGUCCGGUUCCGCCGCAACGCCGCCUACUUCUCCCCCAACUACGCCGUCGUCGUGACCGCCUGCGCCGCCGUAUCGCUGAUCACCACGCCGAUCGCGCUGAUUCUUCUCGGCUUCGUGCUGUUCCUGUGGCUGAUCCUCCACUUUUUCCGAGAGGAUCCGCUGCUGGUUGGGGGGCACCACGUCAGCGAUUGGGCUGUGAUCGCUGGCCUCGCGAUGCUGUCGAUUUUGGCUCUGUAUAUCACCGGGCCGCUGCAUAAUCUGUCGAUUGGAAUUAUCGCGGGGCUGCUGAUCGCCGUCGUCCACGGCGUGUUGAGGAAUCCGGAAGGGCUUUUCCUCGACGAGAACGACGCCGUUUCCACCGGUUUGAUCGCGUCUCACUCUACUAAUCGGAGUGGUGGAGCUUCGUUCACUCCGCCUGUGUGAAUAACAAUCGAAUCUUCUUCUGUUUUUUUUUCAAUUUUUUUUUAUAUUUUUCCUUUUAAAUUGAUUUUUUGUGUUUGUCUGGUGUGAUUCUUUGAUCGAAAAUGGUGAGGUUAAUUUUGUGUUUUUGUAUUCUGGUAAAUUAUUGAUUACAAACAAUUAUUUGGGGGUA